ACCCAAAUAAAAUAUGGCGGCACAUUCAAGUCAACUUUAACGAAAACACUAAGAAAAUAGUUCAAGAAAACCAUCAAAAUGUUUUUCUGGUGGAUUAAUAUGAUAUUUCAUCGAAAUUUUGAAGCAUGUCUAUAAAACGGUGACCAGGAAAUGAGGCCUGCUUUUUCGACAAAUCUCAGAGGAAGAGAUAAAGAGCCCCAAAAGUCUAGAGAAAUACUUUCGUUCACAGGUGCUGCUGUACAAGCUCUUUCUACGUUUAAUAGCAAUGACAAACCAGGAGAAACAUCAGUCAGUUCUGGAGUAAGAGCUUCCAAAUACGUCGAGCAAUUGAAUAGUACAAGUACCUCCAGCACGUCUGGUUCUUUAGGACAGGACCAACGUGAUGUACUUGCUCUGGGUGCCAAUGCUGCAAGUUCUUCACAUUCUAGUUCUAGGAGUACAAUAGGGGGAUCAUCGGGUCAUGAUAGGGCGGAUAGUAAGGUAGAUACGUCUUUCUUAGAUAGUUCAUUUGAUAGAAGCUCAGCUCAAAGAGUAAGGAUUCCAGCAAGAUUACUGAGAGAAAUCAAAAGUCCACAGAAUGGAAAUGAAGUCUCUAAAGGAAAUGGUCAAAGAGGUAUUCAGCAACCAGCAGCAUUAGUUGUUCGGCAUGUUGAUGGGCCUUCAGCAUGGGUGUCCAUGGCAACACCAACAUCAUCAACUGAUGAUGUCAGAAUGACUUAUACAGAGCCAACAACAAGUACAAAGACUGUGUUCACUCAUGAAGUAUCUCAAGCAAAAGACUUGAUUGAACAAGAAAAUCCAUUCCAGAAUUCAAUAUCAUUCAUACAAGAAACACAAUCUGGAGAUAAACCUGGCAAUGUUGAUGGGAAUGAUGAUGAGCAAGUUGAUAACGCAAGUACAUCUGUCUUGAAAAAGGGUAAUGGUGAGAUGCAGUCAGGCUUAUAUCAAGGAGAUCCUGUUACUGGAGGCUUCAUGACCAACACCAAACAUUCAAAUUCUACAAAAGCUAAAUCUUUUUCAUUAAGUGAGCGUGAAAGAGUCUUGAAGGAGGAGUUUUUAAAAAAAAAAGACAGGAAGAGUGCCCCAGUGAAGCGGUUGGUACAACCAACUGUCAUAGCAACAAAGGAAGAACAAGCACCCAGUUUAAACCCCAACACUGCAAGUCAAGAUGCUGUUGUUAGCGCUGCAGCUAUUGCUGCUGCUGCUGCAUCUGCUGCCACCGCACCAUUUUUACAGAUCCAGCAUGGACUAGAGUCCCAAAUAUCAGCUUUAGUUAGUUCUCUUAAUGUAUUGCAUGACCAACAAACCAAGCUUGACCAUCAGAAGGUUGUCGAACAAGAACAUAGGCUCCAAAAACAAUUGGAUGCAAGACUCAAAAAGUUAGAAGAGGUUCAAAAACAAUUCCUAGAGUCACAGAACUCACAAACAAGUGUACAACCAAGACAUCCCCAUGUGUCUGAUAUUCCAUAUUCACAUCCAUCUGCAUUAGUAAGAUCUUCCACAUCCUGUGUGUCUUCAUCUGCUACCUCAGGCCCUGUGACAACUUACUAUGGACAUCCCAAACAACCACUCCCAACAACAAUGGAUAAUCAUAAGCCACCAGUACCCUAUGUUCCUGCAAGCCAGCAUUUCACCCAAAGAGCUGCACAAACUCAGACUACUAGUACCACUAAAGAUGCUCUAUCAAAAUUUAAGCUGGUAAAGAACACAAAGACCCAAACCUCUCCACAAGACUCUUCCCUCUUGUCUAGCGAUUCCCCAUUACAGACCCCACUCCCUAGAAAAAGACCACCUCUUCCAAUGUCUCAUGAUAGCUUAAUAAGAUCACAUGCUAAAGAACUUCGGUACUCUGAACUACCAAGAGAAAAGAGGGUGCAUUUUGAUGAUCCAGCUUUGAGACAGUCACAGCCAUAUAAAAGUUUUGCUGACAUACAGUCCCAUCCCAAGCAUCUCGUAAUGAAUAAGCCAAACACUCAUUUUCAGACCUUUUACCCACAAAGGGAAAAUAUUCAAGAAAAAGAGAAAAUCCAGCCAUCUGAUACAAGAGAAGUUGUAGAUGAUUUGAGCAGGAUAAAGAAGGACUUGAAAAGUGUGAUGAUGGAAACUGAGAAAAUGAGGGACAACCUCAGCUUGCAGAAAACCAAAGCUGAAAUUGAAGAACAUUUCUCUCAAGUAAACGAAGGUCCUUCCCCACUCGAUGCCUAUCUGUCUUCCUCGGAAAAUUCAAGACCAGCUAAGAAAACAGUGAUAGAUAAACUGACAGCUGCACCAGUAGUUGAACAUUACACUGAUGCUGAACGCAUAUUGAGGAAUGUGCAAAUGAAACGUAACAACUUGGAGUCCAAUCUGAAUGCCAUAAUGAGACAGACAGAUGAAGAGCACAUGUAUGCUGCUGUAGAUAGUAUGAUACAACAAGCACAGGGAGUUGAGACAUUGCGGAUACGAAAAGAUGUGGAUAGAAUCAUCAAAGAGAUAAACAUGACUGUUAAGAAAGAAAUUGAAGUUGAAUGUAAAUCAGGCAAAGUCCAUGCCGAGACAGGUAUUGCUGCAAACCAAGACAAGAAGAUGCCUCCUAAAACAAAGUAUCAGCCAGGAACGGCAUUGUCUAGAAGACAACCUAGAAAGAUGGCUGGUAAAGAAAAUGUGCCUGAUCCUAAAACCACGACAACAAAACCAAAGCCGGCUGUCAAACCAUCUUCUUCCCGUAUGAAACCAUCUGUAAAACCUGAAUUAAAAACAGUUUCCAAACCAGUUUCCAAACCAGUUACUAAAUCUGUUCCUAAGCCUGACCCACCUGCACGACCUCAGACCUACCUUACUAGUGUGUAUGGUCGCCAACCAUACCAUCCACAGCGUAUCACAUCCAAGGCACCCUAUCUGCACUAUCAGUCUCCUGUUAACCCAAGAACAGCUGCCCUUACAUCUGCAAUACUUGGUGCUGGUUCCAGAGUCCAGUCUAAGCCAGUUCAUCAGGAAUCCUCAAAACAAAUCCAAACAAGAAAUGAAGAACCCAUUCAAAGAAAUGAACCCCCUCGUUAUUACUUCCAUCCUGACAUGGAUAUGUCAAAUGUUGUCCCUUCAAGGGAGGGACGAGUACACCUUGACGCACCCGUGGAAGGACACUUGGUACCAAUGGCAAUUCCUCUCGGAAAACCUAAAACAGAUGAAUCUCUUAGAUUGCCGCUGACAAUGGGUAGUACCCCUGUCAAUGAUACAGUACGUCAACCUUCUCCAGUCCCCCGUAAGAAGCCAAGUCCAAGCAAGCCAAAUGUUGCUGUGAUUACUAUUCGUGAUAAGGAGGCUGGAGACGACUCAACUAAUCUCAAGAAAAAGAAAGGAAAAAGUCAAACUACAAGGCGAGCUGAUCUUGGAGUACAGAUUCUGCCUCCAAUGGAUAUUGAUAGUUUUACCGAAUCCAGCGACUCUGUUGUUACUCCUCGCAGCAAACAUCAUGUUUCGGAUAUAUCUGAACCAUUCACACGACCUGACGACUCAGAGUAUGAUGACUUCAGGAACUAUCUGAUAGUCAGAGACACUGAACCUGAAAGAGAAGAAAAAGACGAUGACGAUGAAGUACCUCGAAUACCCACGCCUGAGAAUCCUUUGACGAUUGAAGGACACACGGAAAAGGAAUGCAUGUAUCACGGCCCACCCUUCCCGCCACAACACCCUCCGUUACCUAGCAACACCCAUCCUGGAGUACUAGACGCGGAUAACAGGGUAAACAUUGCAAUAGAGGACAGAGCAGUGGAAUGGGUAGAACAAGAGCUUUUAGCGAGAAUCGUUAGUGAGAUGAACCAACCUUUACCUGACCCGACAUUAGCAACAAGAACAACUCCCGAGUCCUCCCCUGACAGUAGCGUUGUUACAGAUGACGGAGACAUGCUUGCCGCAACUAUAGGGUUAGGCGGGAUUCAGUUGUUCGUAGAUGCUGGGAUCCCUGUAGAUCGUGAUUUUGUUGCUGAGCUUAUAAAGGACGCGAUAGCUGAGCAGAUCGUCUCAACACUUGGUUAUCCAAAGCCUACUGCUACACCCAGACAACCACAGGAAGAUGUCCAGGAAGAAAGGUAUUCACCUGAGCCCGCGACAACGCCGGUCAGUACUCCCUUACCAACCCCUGUCUACACACCUGUUGAAUCAGAAGCUAGUGAACCACAUUCACCUGCAGUAGCAACGCCAGGACCCUCUCCUGUACCAUCACAACCAAGUUAUACUACGGAAAGUGAGGAAGAACCAACCCCAGUCAAGGAAGUUAGUGAAGCAAGAGAAAAAUCUGAUUCAGAGGUUUCAGAAGCAAGAUCACCAGUACCUACACCUGUGGCGACGCCCUCUGGUUCCCAUUCCCCCACGGCAAGCGUCUCAACUCCCGAACCUUCCACCCGUGAGCUAGAAUCUGAGAUCGGCAGCCCUCUUCCUACUCCACAGGCUACUGAAAGAACCCCUAGUCCACCACCUGAACCUAGCACUAUAUCCACCCCUCCUAUAGAGUCUUCGGUAACUACGCCCAAGCCUCCCACAGUGUCAAGUAGUCCAUCGUCCAUGACAACCAGUACUUUAUCCACUCCUACCACGACAUCAACCAUGACAACAAUAGAUGAGGAACUCUCGGAAGGACAACUGUUACAGCCAUACGUUCACAUGGGUCAGUAUAGUGAAGGGGAAUACACCGCGGCAUUCUCUCCUGGACUGGAAAGAAAGUUUCCUGACGAGGGAAUGGAUGUACUGGGCAAAGAUCAAGAUAGUAGCAGCUCGAGUACUACGAGUACUGUAAGUACUCUCAAAGACACAGAUGAUAUAAGAGAGGAUUCUCUUGUUGACUACACUCAUAGUGAAGGAGAGAUCGUCUUUCCCAGAGAUCGAGUCCCAGUGUCCUAUGUUCGUCCAAGACAGACCGGUGGUCCCGACUCAACCAGCAGUGAAGGAGAGAUAGUCUCGGCUCAUCGAUCGCAUGGUACAUCUCCAGGUGAAUUAAAGACAGCCUUUGAAUCAAACAUGAGCCUCCAUUCACCAGGAGAAAUAAGUACUCGUCCCAACGUACAAAGUUCUCAUCUUGGCACAGCCGCCAAUAGACAGGUAGUCAAGGAAGCAGCGAGUCCAGACAACACAGAAAGUCGAUCUUUACACACCUCUGACCUUCACCAAAAAGACAGAAAAAUAAUAGGAACAAAGCGAUUACUGUCACAAGGAGAACACAUAACCAGGAGACAAGAAGGCGAAGAGCCUAAAGUAGACAAUCAAGGAAAUAUGCCAACUAGUGCAAAAGUAACUACUGAUAAAGAAAUCGGUGAGCCAUCCUCCCGACCUCCGCCAAUAUGUGUACCCAUUCCACCUAUGGACGAUAGUUCUUUGAAUAGCGAAGAAAGGCCUGGUGGUGAGCAGGAGGACACUUAUGGUGACGUAUCAUCUAUAUCUGGGAAAAAACACCGAGGUUGACCCAAAUGAUCUAUUUUGCAAGAAAUCCCGAAUGUGCCGACUACCACUAUCAUUGAACUUUAUUGGUCGAUUGUCUCCACUGUUCAUUUCACGAAGUUUACUG